AUGUCAACCAACAAGACUCCAAACAGAAGAAGUGGCAAUUCCCCAACCAAGCAAAGAACUCAAACCCAAGCUCAAGUAGAUAUAAACACCUCCGACUAUGUCGUAGCCGAUAAGGAACUUGUAAGAGGCCUUACCGAAAAGGAGGUCGAAAACGAACACUUAAAGACCGUCGUAUUCGCUCUUAAUGAGAAAGUAGUGGUUAUUGAGGACUUGAAGACUGAUGUUAACACUCACAAGGACCUAUUGAAGCACUCUGAGGGUAAGAGAGGUGAGUUGCAAGUACAUAUCCAAGAAACUUCUGUUCAGAUCAGGAUUGACACCGAGAAACACACAACCUAUGAGCAAAAGCUCAUCGAGGAAACUCAAAAGCUCCAAAAUGAUAUCUAGGCCCUUAAGGCCCAUUUAGCUCAAAGAGAAAGAGAACAUCUUCAAAAGUUAGAAGAAGUAAAUUAAAAACAUUCUAUUAGGGUUGAGCAAUUGAGCAAAGAGCAUAGUGAUAAGGUGAACUCUCUUAAUGAUGAACACCACAGAAAAGUAGAUUAACUCGAAAAAACUCACCAUCAAUAGGUCACCUAGUUGAACCACGAGAAAGAGACACUCAGAAAGGAGAAGGACGAGACCAUCAGAGCCCUCACUGAGGAGAAGGAAACCCAGAGAGUCUCCUACGAGAGAAGAAUCAACGAACUAGACUAACUUAUCAAGUAGCAACAAAGAACCAUCUUGCAAUUGAACUCAACCAUCAUAGAGCUUAAGGAAAUCAUCCACAGAAAGGAGGAUGUCGAGGACCAACUCGCCAAGGCUCUUGAACAACUAGCUCUUAUUGAUGCCCAGAAAGUUCAACUCCAGAAGGAACUUGAAACUGCCUCAGACUACAUCCUCGAACUUGAGGAGAAAGUCUACAAGGCCAACAAGACCUCUCUUGAGCUACUCAGACAACUCAAGGAUGCUGAGGUUGAAAUCGAAACACUUAAGAACUACAUUAUCGAGUUGAAGCAGAGAAUCGCUGUCUACAUUCCAGUUAAGGAUGAUGUUAUUGACAAGAAACUCGCUGAGUUCAUAAACAACUACCCAGAGAGACAAAAGCUCAAGAUCAUGUUCAUGAGAGAGAGCGAGGGUGUCUAUCAGUUCGGAAGCAAGAGAGUCGCCGUCAGAGUCGACAAGGACAAGAUCAACAUCAGAGUCGGAGGAGGUUACCUCUCAAUCGACGAGUUCCUUGACUAGUACACUCCAGGCGAACUUGAGAAGGUCGAGAGAAAAGACCCACUCAAGAAGUUCUCUGAGAAGAUUGCUAUCUAGAAGACCAUCGUAGGCAAAGAGCUUAGAGAGAGCUCCCCCAUUAGAUCUCCAGAGAGAACCAGCUCCCCCAAGAGACAACAAUGA